AUGUCAGUCUACCCAGAUAACGCCGACAUGAAAGAGUCGAAAGUGGGCUACCCGGAACUGGACACCACGCGCACGACUCAGGAAGGCGACAUCAUAACAGCCCAUGAUGUUGCGCGACCAGGUCUGAUGACAAGGUUGGGGCUUACUCCAGACUCCUUCCGGCAGCGUACUCUAGACGACAAGCAUAAUCAGUUGAAUAAGACCUUGAAGGCAAGGCAUUUGAACAUGAUUGCUAUCGGUGGUUCUAUCGGCGCUGGUCUCUUCGUUGGGUCAGGUGGUGCCCUGGCAACUGGCGGUCCAGCAUCGCUGCUGAUCGACUUUUCGAUCAUUGGUAUCAUGAUGUUCAACGUAGUCUAUGCUCUUGGUGAGCUUGCUAUAAUGUUUCCGAUUUCUGGUGGCUUCUAUACUUACAGCACACACUUCAUCGAUCCGUCAUGGGGCUUCGCAAUGGGAUGGAAUUACGUCUUUCAAUGGGCAAUCGUCCUACCACUCGAACUCGUCGUUGCUGGUCUGACCGUCAACUACUGGGGUGCCAACGUCAACGUAGCAGUCUGGAUCACCAUCUUCUGGCUCGCCAUAAUCAUCAUAAAUAUCUUUGGGGUCCUUGGCUAUGCAGAAGAGGAAUUUUGGGUCUCUGCUCUCAAACUUACAACCAUUGUUGUAUUCAUCAUCAUGGGUAUCGUCUUCGCUUGCGGUGGCGGACCAAGCAAUGGUUGGUACAGUGAGUACUGGGGCGCGAGGCUGUUCUAUGAUCCAGGCGCCUUUCGCAACGGGUUCUUCGGAUUCUGCUCCGUCUUCGUCACGGCUGCCUUUGCUUUCUCUGGUACGGAGCUGGUCGGUCUCGCAGCAGCAGAGUCCAAAACUCCGCAGAAGUCACUACCAUCUGCGGUGAAGCAAGUCUUUUGGCGUAUUACGCUCUUCUACAUCCUCGCUCUGUUCUUCGUCGGCAUUCUGGUUCCAUCAGACGAUGAGCGUCUCCUCGGAUCAGGCCUCAUCGAUGUUUCAGCCUCGCCGUUCGUUAUCGCAGCUGUCAACGCAGGCAUCCCAGCCUUUGGUGACUUUGUGAAUGUCGUCAUCCUACUCUCUGUUGUUUCGAUCGGGCUAUCCGGGGUCUACGGCGGCUCACGCACUCUUACCGCACUCGCGGAGCAGGGCUAUGCACCAAAAAUCUUUGCUUACGUCGACCGCGCCGGACGGCCCUUGGUCUCGACCGCCGCCAUGCUAGCAUUCGGUCCGCUGGCUUACGUUGCGCUAGCGAGCAGUGGGACGGUCGUCUUCGAUUGGCUACAAGCACUAUCCGGUCUGGCUGCGCUGUUCACCUGGGGCUCUAUUUGUCUUGCCCACAUCAGAUUCCGCCAUGCCUGGGCAUAUCAAGGGCACACGCUUGACGAGUUGCCUUUCAAGUCCAUGUUCGGCAUCUAUGGGUCGUGGGUUGGACUGAUCUUGAUCAUCCUAGUACUCAUCGCCCAGUUCUACACCGCCGUUGCCCCUCUGAACGCAUACGACUUCUUCCAGUCCUAUCUUGCCCUCUUCGUCGUUAUUGCCUUCUACAUCGCGGGCUGGAUCUGGAAGCGUGAAGGCUGGCGCAAGCUGUCAGAGAUUGACGUCGAUAGCGGCCGACGUGAGGUCGAUUGGGAGGCAUAUGAAAAGCUAAAGCAGGAGAAACAGGCCUGGCCGGCGUGGCGCAGAGUUUUGGAUAAGCUGUUCUAG